AAAAAAACUGUCACUUUCUCUGUGACUCCAACAUAGUCGCCAUGGGAGAUCCUGACUUAAUAAAUACUGAAAGAGAAACAUUGACUAAUGUGUAAAUCAUAUUUCAUUUAUAUCAACUUUGAGAUUUGGCACAGUUUCUUCGCAAAUGGAUGGAACAACUUUGUAUUUUGCUUUCGGAAGCAAUUUAUCUACAGCUAGAAUGCACAUUUGCAACCCGAAUGCAGUUAGAUACGGUAUCGGAAAACUAAAUAAUUAUCAGAUUGAUUUUAUAACUUAUACCAAAACUUGGGAGGGAUACGCAGGGACGAUCGUUCCUAAAAAGGGUAGCCAUGUUUGGGGAGCAAUCUGGGAAAUAAAGAAUGAAGAUUUGAAAGCCUUGGACAAUCAGGAAGGUGUUCGGUUCAACAUCUAUCACCCCAUCACCGUGGAAGUUGAAACUCCCAAAGGAGAGAUUCUGCAAUGUAGAAGCUACAGACAAGUUGCAAGUGCAGAGGAAGUGAGUCUUGAAAGUUUACCAGAAGAAAGAAAACCGACACCAGCUUAUUUGAAAACCAUGAUAAAUGGUGCUGUGGAAUCGAGCCUUCCAGAAGAAUAUAUAAAUUUCUUGAAAAAAAUAUCUGAUAAUGGUGCAAGUGUUAAACCUAAUUUGAAAUUCCAGUUCGAAAUCUGCCUGUAGAAAAAUAAUAUUCAUUUCUUUGAAUGAGAUUGUUAUUAUGUAGCUGUUAAAUGGCUGGUGUUUUGCUCUUUCUGUCCAAGAAAGUUGUUCAGAAUUGAAAGGUAAAAGUAGGAAAAGGUUGAAAAUUGUUGGCCUGAAAUGUUCUGAACAGUGACAGACAAUGUGUAGUAAAAAUAGUAAUAAUUUAUUUCGAGACAUAUUUUAUAAGAAGGUCAGUAAUAAAUAUGUUGCACCGAA